CAGAUGGCGGCAGAAGAGAGCAAUGCUUCCUAUGAGCUACCAACUCAUAGGAAGAAGAAGAGCGCGGAUGUUUGGUAAUGUUUACACUGCGAGCUGAGGACACAGCAGAAACCCUUCAUGAUUUGGUGGAAAAUAGAGUAGCUCUGUGCAACCAUGGAGGCUGUUGGUGACUUUCUGAAUGUCCUCAACAUUGAGGUCAGCAGAACAACGGUGACCGUCACCCUUUUCAUCAUUUUUCUGGGUCUCCUCUACUGGUAUUCAACCUAUCCAUUUUCAGUCCUCUCCCGGUGUGGAAUCAAACACCCAAAGCCAGUGCCUUUCUUUGGCAACAUAUUCUACUUCCGUGAGGGUUUUUUCAGACCUCUCACUGAACUUAUUAAAACACACGGUAGAGUAUGUGGGUAUUACUUGGGCCGCCGGCCUGUGGUGGUGGUAGCAGAUCCUGACAUGCUCAGAUCAGUGAUGGUCAGGGAUUUCAGCAGCUUCCCAAACAGAAUGCAAUUCAAGUUUGCCACAAAACCCAUGACUGACUGUCUGCUCAUGCUGAGGAACGAACAGUGGAAGAGGGUCCGGAGCAUCCUGACCCCAUCCUUCAGCGCUGCCAAGAUGAAAGAAAUGGUUCCACUGAUCAACACAGCUGCUGAGGCACUGAUGAGGAACCUGCAAGUCCAUGCUGACUCAGGGGAAGCGUUUGACAUCCACAGGUGUUUUGGCUGUUUUACCAUGGAUGUUAUAGCCAGCGUUGCAUUCGGCACUCAGGUGGACUCACAGAACAACCCAGAUGAUCCAUUUGUCCACCACGCUCAGAUGUUCUUCUCCUUUUCUUUCUUCAGGCCUAUCAUGUUAGUUUUCAUGGCUUUUCCCCACAUCUUUGCUCCCAUUGCCAGAUUCCUCCCAAACAAAAGGCGCGACCAGAUGAACGGGUUCUUCACCAGCAUCAUCCAGAAAAUCAUAAAGCAGAGAGAAGAACAGCCUCCCAGUCAGAGGCGUAGGGACUUCCUCCAGCUGAUGUUGGACGCUCGGUCCGGCAAAGAGGCCGUCUCUUUGGAACAUUUCGAUACAGCAAACCACUCUGACGAGUUGGAUCACAGGACCCAGUCAUCCGCACCGGAUGGGGAAAAUGGAUCUCCUCCCCAACCGGAGUCACCUGUGAAGCGUCCACAAAGAAAAAUGAUGAGUGAGGAUGAGGUAGUCGGCCAAGCCUUCGUCUUCCUUCUGGCCGGGUAUGAGACCAGCAGCAACACGUUAGCCUUCACCUGCUACCUGCUUGCCCUCAACCCUGAAUGUCAGUGCAAAGUUCAGGAGGAGGUGGACGAUUUCUUCACCAGACAUGAUUCUCCAGAUUAUUCAAAUGUGCAGGAAUUGAAGUAUUUGGACAUGGUUGUUUGUGAAGCACUGCGGCUUUACCCCCCUGGCUUCAGGUUUGCUCGAGAAAUAGACCAUGACUGCGUGGUGAACGGGCAGUUUCUCCCCAAAGGAGCCACGUUGGAGAUCCCAGCAGGAUUCCUGCACUAUGACCCAGAUCACUGGCCCGAGCCAGACAAGUUCAUCCCUGAGAGGUUUACACCAGAGGCUAAGGCGAGUCGGCAUCCAUUUGUGUACCUGCCGUUUGGGGCUGGACCACGUAACUGUGUGGGAAUGAGGCUGGCCCAGUUGGAAAUCCGAAUGGCUUUGGUCCAUUUGUUCCACAAGUUCAGCAUCGAGGCCUGUUCUGAGACCAAGGUUCCUCUCGACCUGAAAUCCUCCAGCACCCUGGGACCCAAAGACGGCAUAUAUGUGAAAAUCACAAAAAGAAGCAGCGGACAUGGACUUAAACACUCUGCAUCAAAUGAUUAGAAACCCACCUGCAAUUCUGAGGGUUAACAGCAGUAGUAGUCCCUGCUUCACUGGGAGCAGGGGAACUUAAUGCUGUAUUUCUGCAGUCUGAGAUCAUACCUCUUGAUUUACACUGUUACUUGUAGUUUGCAAAUCCUAAUUGUUUUGCUCUUAAUGUGAACUGAUUCAAAUACUGUGUUGUUGUUCGACAUGAAGAUGGGUUUGCGACCUAAGUUCAGAUGGAUUCAGAUGGAUAUACAUUUGAUAGUUCCUGCUUUAGAAAUAAGGGUUGCUGCACAAAACUGGUUGCAGAAUUAAAAUGAUAUGGAAAAAUCAAAGUAGCAUCUUUUAAAGGUGCCUUCCAGAUUAUUUGUAUUAUAAGGAAUAAUUCUUUAAAGGCCUCUUGGUUCUGAACAGGAUCUACUGGAUGACUGCGAAACCUACUAAGUGGCUCACAUUAACUCCUAAGCUAACUACCAGCUCUUCCUAACCUUUAAGUAAACCAAUUAUUCCAGCAAUGCAUGAUUUUUUUUUAAUCUAGAAGAAAACAUUUAACACUUUUU